GUUACAGAGUUUUGAUGGGUUGACGCAGCAACAAAAGAUUACAAGAGUUGAAUGGAUGCUUAAAGAACUGCAGGAAACGAAAAUCAUAUCUUCCAGUUUUAAACUUGAUGCACAAAUGUUUUCUAUGAGAAGUUCAAGACAGGUUUUUGAACUUUUGUGGUGCCUCGUUUGUCACGAUAUCUGGUUUGUUUGGAGUAAAUCGAAUGAUUUACAGCAAACUAAAGCAAGAAGAAUACUUGGCACAGCAUUCUCGUGGGUUCCAUCAAAAUGUAUUGGUGACGAGGAAGUUGAGAAAAAAUUUUCUAAAAGCCAUGGUUACCCUGAGCCCGAUGCUUGCAUUCUGGAAAUGAUUAAUGCACAUUUAAAGAUGACGAGAGAAGGACGCAUGCUCAGUCGUGGAGUAAUGACUCUAGAUGAUCUAACGGACAGCAGGGUUUUGUGUGCGCUCGUAAAUUCUUUUGUUCCCGAAACAUUUACAACUGAAGUUCUUCUAAACGACAGAUGGACAGUCAACCUGGCUCUUCGUACGGCAAAUGAAUUUUUUAAAUCAUCGAGCUCAUUUGAUGCUUCAGAUCUUGCUCAGGCAGAUAUCAUGUCGGUUUGUUCUUACUUCGCAUUUUUCUUUAUGUGUGGUUAUAAACUUAGACAGUCUCGGGCAGCACUACAGAGAAUGAAUGAAUUGCUGUUGUGGAAGUUAGAAAUUAAAGAUGAUUUGGAAAAAAUGGAGGCGAAAAAGUUUGAAAAUGCUGUAUUAGAAGAAGCACUUAUUGAUUGCAAACAACAAAUUCAUGAUUUGGAACAGAAAUUUGAUCUCGGUGAAUGUUCUGAAUGGAUGAAAGAUAUAGCAGCUAUUCAAAAUAAUGUUCGAACAAUUGUAUCGAAAAGAAUACAAGAUAAAUACGACAUAAUUAGGGUACCAAGAAACAUGACAAUAAGUGACUUAACAGUUUCAUUGAUUAUCAAUUUAAGUCUCACCUCCGGUGUUGGUUAUUAUGAGUUGAGAACGAAAGAAGUUAUAUCAAGAGACAGAAAAAUAAUCCUUCAGAACACCCAAUCAGGCUUUAAUAUAUUUUUUGAUGCAACAGGUGAAUUCGUUGAUGACGUGGGUGAAAAUCAAAGCCUUCGAGCAUAUCUCGGCAUCAAGGACACUGUAGAUGAUAUUAACCCAAGAUCUUAUCCAGAUUACAAAAUAUUUGCUGCCAGCCCGUCUCGCAACAAAAUCUUAAAGGCUGGAUCCUUGUUUCUUUAUCAAAUAUUUCCUGGAAGUACUUUGCCUUGUCAAAGAUUGCUCUUUAAAGCUACAAAAUCAGCAGAGAUUGAUACAGUAAAGAAGCUAGUGACGUUUUUCCAGUCAGAUAAGAGCUUUAUCAACUCCAAAGAAAGUGGUUCUGGUAAUACAGCUUUACACCUGGCAUGUCGUCAUGGACAUUUUGAUCUUGUACAAUAUCUAUUGGAGCAUGGUGCACAUAUGGAUGCUUUAAACAACAUGAACUGUACGCCAUUCUUUGCCGCAGUUAGUGCAAAGCAACGAGAAGUAGCUGAGUUGCUGAUUGAAUGGGGUGCUAACAUCUUCAAGAAAAAUUCUUCCGGUAAAACUGCAUUUGAAAUCAUCAACAACGAAAUUUUCACGUCGGAGUUACUUGAAAAAGAUCGAAACAUGCGAUCAUUUGUAAGGCAAGUUGUGAACGGGGACAUUGAAAAACUAACCGAAGUCAUAGAGCAACAAUCUGUUGGAGGAAUGUCUUUUCGCAGUUUACGCAGCAGAUGUUUAAAAGGAAGCACUCUACUUCAUACAGCUACACAUUUUGGCGAAGGGUCUUUGGUCAAGAUUCUUUUGAAGGAGGGAGUGAAUAUCGAUUUACCAGACUAUAAAGGAGCAACUGCAUUACACCGGGUAAAGGAUAAAGACACGUUGAAGAUAUUAUUGGAGGCAGGAGCAAAUAUUGAUGCAGUGGAUGAUGAUGGUAACACACCACUUCAUGUUUUCUGCUAUGGGGAUCACAUCAAAGACGAUUUUCUUCAAUGUAUGGAAAGUUUAUUGAAUAAGAAGCCAUUGUUAACAGCAAGAAACCACAAGGGAAUGAUGGCGGUUCAUUAUUGUGCACUGCAUGGUCGAGUUGAUGUUGUUGAACUUUUGCUUGAAUAUGAUCAGGAAGGUCUGAUAAAGGAACAACUCAGUUUGAAAAAUAAGGAUUCGCCAUCGAUCCUUUUCUUGGCCUUGGCAAAUGAUCAAUUAGAUGUUGCAUGUUGGUUAAAUACGAACAAAUUUGCAUUUUAUCCUGACGAGGCUGAUCAACUCAUGCAAAAAAUCAUUUUCGGUGAAAUGUCAUGCUCGAACUAUCUGUCCACGAUGCAAUUUUUACUAGACCACGGAGGAGAUCCUGGAUGUGUUGAUGCAGCAGGAAACACGCUUCUUCAUUAUGUUGCUGCUAAUCCUGAUCUCAGUGAGUUGUUGGAGAUGCUGGUAGAGAAGGAUGCCGACGUAAACGCCUUAAACACGGAUGCUAUGUCACCGCUGUUCUUUGCCGCAAAAAGUAGCUGCAUCUACAAUGCUAGUGUUUUGAUUGCAAAUGGUGCUGAUAUUAAGCUAAAAAACUACCAAGGUUUAACAGCGCUAGAUUUCAUCACUGAUUUUGAAGAAUGGAAAAACUCUGGAUUUUUUAAUGAAGAAAUGAAGGCACGUCUAAAGGCAUACAGCUUGAAGCACUCCAAGGAUCUUGUGAGAGCUAUAUCAAUCAAAGUAAAAGGGACAGUCUCCGAUCAAAGAACCUGUUCUAGUUCCCAAAAUCCUAUGUCUUUGCGCUCCCAUAUCCAGCAUGCGCAGAAAGAUCUAGAGCACAUCAGUUUUCCGAGGCAAAUAUCAUUUAGAUGACAACUCGCAAUAUCAGGAAACAUUUAGCAGUUCUACGCAUCCCACCCUUCCCCAACAUUACGAAAUUGUCAGCGGUUGGUGUUAACGUUCAUACAUAUUUCAUGACGUCAUCACUUGACCGAAAUCACGAUAUCCAUCGAUAAUUGAGUGAAUUUCAUUGCAGUGUCAAUAAGGUAGAUUGAGUUAGAGACUGACGGGCUACUAAAAAAGUUUUUAAACGGCUUUAUCUCUUGAAAGUUCACAAAUAAUUUUUUUUAAUAAGAUGUUUUAAAUUCGUUCUCACAUUAAUUACUUUUUCAUUGAAAAAGGUCAACGUAUACACAAAGUAUAGAAUGUAUAAAAGUUGAUGGAUAGCUAUCGAUGUUAUAUACAACUUCGUGUAAAUAGCAACUAAAAUUUAUUUAAGUACAAAAUAAAACAUUUUUCAAAUAUAUUGUAGACAUCUCGUUUUCUUGAUAUUCAACAUGAGAAACAAGAGUUUUGAUACAGAGACAGCUUCUCAUCUUGAAUAUCAAGAAAAUGGAAUGCCUACAUUCGGAAUUUACUUUA